UUCACGAUGAACCACUUUUAUUUGAAAAUUUUGCUGUUAACGUGUCUCAAUAUCCUCAUUGAGGCUCGAAAACUUCCAAAUUCUAAUCCAAAAUCUACUUCCAGUUGCUCCUUUGACAUCAACAAGGACCUGCCAGAGCGUCAACCUUUGUUAUUGUCUCCCGGCUCCAACAAUUCCGUUCUUCCAAGUACCGCUGAUGGUGUUGUCACGCUUUCCAGCAGUCAAAAUAUCGAACUUUUCUGCACCGAAGGCUUCGAAAAGUUGUCCAACGCCAAAUCUCUGCAAGCGUCCUGCUCUCGGGCCAAUGUCGUGAAGGUCAAUGGCAAGGAAAUGAACAUUCACGACAUUCAAUGUCAAAAAAGUUCGAGACCUCACAUUCGAGAAGCUGGAAAAUGUUACAACGGAGCGUCUCUUCUUCAUAUUGGGUAUCAAAUGGGAAGUCGUUUCAUGAAAUUGAUUGAAAUUUGUUUCGAUCGCAAAGAAGAAAGGACUUUGUAUGCACAUGCGACACUUACGAAAGCGAAUGCGGCGCAUCAGAAAAAUGUCGAUCGCGGAGGUUGGUCUGCUGGCAAAGGAUUUUUCUCGAAUACGAAUGUCAAUAAAUUGUAUUCAGUUGAGAAUCAAAUUGAACGCGCAAAAGCUUUAAUUGGUGCCUCGGAAGCGAAAAAGUUCAUCAAUAAAAAGAUCUUUUUAGCACGAGGACAUUUGGCGCCCAUGGUUGAUUUCAUCUACGGAGCACAUCAACGAGCAACGAUGAAUUUAUUGAAUGCCGCACCGCAAUACAACACAAUAAACGGCGGAAAUUGGUUCCGGAUUGAAGAGUCAGUGCGAGAUUUGAUCGAAACGGGAAAAGUGAGCGAGUUGGAUGUGUAUUCGGGCACUUUUGGAACACUUGAGAUCAAGUCAAAGCCAUUUUAUUUGGCCUUAAAUAAAGAAAAAGAAGGCGUUAUUCCUGUGCCAAAAUUAUUUUAUAAAGUCGUAAUAGAUCGAGAAACGAAAAAAGGAGUUGCUUUGGUGAUGACGAAUGAUCCGUUUUUGAAAGAAAAAGAUUUGCCAAAGAACGAAAUUUGCAAAGAUGUCAAAGAAAAAAUAAAUUGGGUGCAAAAAAGGAAACCAGAAUUGAGUAAGGGUCAUUAUUUUGCUUGUGAAGUUGAAGAACUCGCGAAAAAAGUGCAACACUUACCCAGUGAAGUUCGAACAAAAGGACUCUUGACUGGUUAAAAAUAAGAUUAAAUUCUGUACGAAGACUAAAAUUUAUGAAUUAUAAAAUAUUGUUGAUUGAAAACUUGAAACUUCAUUGGUUGA